AUGGUCUCGGUGUCGGUGCCAGUUGGUAUAAUGGAGGUAGGCGCCGUUUCCGAAGUGGUGGAAGUGCUGGUGAUCGCGGGCACGAGAGUCACAGACGUGGUUUGGGUAGAGUUCGCAGUCACGAACUCUUCGCUUGUCGAUGAGGCCUCGCUAGUAGGCACAGUUAUCGUGGCCGAGCUCGAGCCGACAGGCACAACAGUAACGGAGACAGACGUCGAAAGUUCCGAAGUGGACGACCCGCUGGACGUAACUGAGCUCGUGACAUCUGGCAUAACACUCAUAGAUGCAGACGUGGAUAAUGCGGAAGUGGACGACCCGCUUGAUGUAGCUGAGCUCGAGACGUCUGGCACAACAGUCACAGAUGCAGAGGUGGAAGACUCCGAAGCGGGCACCGCGGUUGAGGUGGUCGCAGUGCCUGCGGUGAUUUCCGCCGUUGCACUUGAUCCAGUAGAGGUGGUUUCGGUGGACACGAUAGCCGUAUCGGAGGUCGUUCGGCUAGAUGGACUUGUUGCACUACUUUCAGUUGAGGUAACAGACGUCCCCGAUAUUGUUCCACUAGGCGCGCUUGACGUAGCAGUCUCAGUGGUUGACGGCACGGUCGCAGUAGGAACACUGCCCGUGCUCACUGCAGUAUUGUCUGUCGUUAAUUGGACACUGCCAGACACUGUGAUGCUCGACACAGAAGCAGUGAGGCUCGGGUCAACGCUCGCAGAGACGCUCAAGGUGGUGGACGGGACUGUCGUUGGGAUAGUGGCGGCCGCAAGAGCUGACGACUCGGACGCAGAUACAGAAGCCUGGACAGCCGACUGCGAGGACGAGAUUGAGGCCAGAACCGAAGCUUCGGAAGCCAGAAUCGAUGAUGCAUCUGUCGUUACCGGUACGGGAACCAGAACAGUCGUGGAAGAUCCCGUGCUUGUGCUCGUUGUAAACAGGGGAGCCGGGUUGAUCACAGACCCUGCUGUCAGCGAGGCUGAGCCUGUCGAAGUGCUAAUCGGUGGGCUUGAAGAGCUAGCUCCGGUGCUGGCUAUUGAGCUGACGGUCGCCGACAGAUCCGUAGCCGUAGAGGCGGAGAUGGAGACGGAUGCAGAAGCUGUAUCUGACGCAGUGGGCACGCUGGUGACUACACUAACAGGCACAGAGCUUGUUGGGCUGGCUGAGACCGUUAGCGGGCCAGAUGAGGUAACCACACUACCAGUGUCUGCAGUCAGAGAUGUGGAGCUUCCUGACACGGCCAGGACACUUGAAGUGCUGACACUUGCAAUACCCGUGGCAGACUCUGUCGCGGUGCUCGUCGAGCUUACGGCCGCAUCCGAGCCGGAGAAAGUGCCAGAAGCGCUCGUGGCGACCCCUGAAGGGCUAAGUGAAGUGUCACUUGUGACAACUGCCACACUGGCCGGCGUGGGGCUCGCUGAUGCCACGCUUGCAGUAUCUGAAGACGUGGAGGAGCUUGUAAUUGGGACGGCAGUUGUGCCGAAUGCCGUAGUGUCUGCGGGCAGCGUAGACCCGGUAGCGCUCGGGUCAGUUCCGCUGCUGAUAAUGACGGACGUCGCCGUAUCCGUAGGCGGAGCGGUGUCGGUGGUAGUUGUGCCAGUUACUGUUGGUACGCUUGACAGGGAAACGGUAACUGUAGCGUCAGAGGUGCCUGUCGCUGAGGCCUCGCUAGACAGAGGUGCUGGUUCAGUGCUUGCUGCAUUGCUGGUCGACGGCAUCACUGUGGUCGUGACAGAGAGAGCUAUAGAGUCAGUAGCUGUCGUUCCAGUAGCCUCAGUAGUGUCUGUGACAGAAGCCUGGCUAGAUGCCACAGUGUCGGUCACCGAUACUCCGCUGACAUCAGAAACACUGGCGAUGCGUGAACCGGUUGCCACCCCAGACGCACCGGCAUUAGCCGUUCCAGAGCUGCUGAUCGUGGUACUGGCAGCAGUGCCAUUCGUCGCGGCGGCUGUUGGCGGAGCUGACUGGAGCGUUGUUGCACCAAGGGUAGCGCUCUCGACAGUUGUCGUGGUCAACGUGACAGAAACGUCAGCGCCGCUGAGCGUAGAGCUGACAGCCGCUGUAGUAUCGCUGGGUGCGGUUGAGGACUCCACUGCGGUAUCUGCCGCAGCAGUUGCUAAGGAGGUCGCUGUAGUAUCGCUGGGUGCGGUUGAAGAGUCCGCAGCGGUAUCCGCUGUAGUAGUUGCUGAGGAUGCCGCUGUGGGAUCGCUGGACGCGGAUGACGUGGCCACAGUGGUCUCCGGCGCAACAGUCACUGAGGAUGCCGCUGUGGGAUCGCUGGACGCGGAUGACGUGGCCACAGUGGACUCCGGCGCACCAGUCACUGAGGAUGCCGCUGUGGCAUCGCUGGACGAGGACGACGUGGCCACAGUGGUCUCCGCCGCAGCAGUCACUGAGGAUGCCAUGGUAGUACCGCUCGCUGUGGAGGAUGAGCCGACAGUGAUAUCCGCAGCUGCGGAUGAUGAGGACGAUGCUGCAGACAAGACCGUGCUGCUACUACUGUCUGUGGCCGCGGCUGUAGUGAUCAACGAGACGGACGUUGAGCCCGUGGCAGUGCUAGUGAUGGUAAUUGUAGUACUGCCAGUCAACGCAAUCGUAGUGGUAAGAGACGCAGCAGAUGCAGUAUUCGCGAUGGAGGACACGGAAUCCGAGCUUGUUAGUGUAGAGCUAACGUCGACGACUGUGGAGAUCUCUGCAGAGGACGACGCGGUGGAUGACAACACCGUGUCGACACCAACGGUGACUGCUCCAGUGUACGAGCUUGUCGAUGUUGUCGAGUCUAUAGCAGAUGUGCUUGUAGUGAUGUCCGUUAUAGAGGCUGAGCUGGACGGCUGGACACUCUCGGAUACACUGCCGGCAGAAACGCCGCUUAAGCUCGCCGAAGCUGCUAGUCCAUUAAUCGCCGCUAGGUUGGAAGACGUGGAAGUCGCUAGCGCCGUGGAUGAGCUUGACGACAAGGUCAACGGAGCUUCGGAAAGGCUCGCGGCAACUGACGACACGUCUGAAGAGACACCGCUGAUGGAGCUUGCAAUUGUCGACGUUGUGGGUACGGAGCUUGUUGGCGAGACUGUGCUGCUUGCCGAUGUAGAAGCUGACCCACUACUGAUCGUUGGGGACACGAUGGAAGAUGGGACGCUGCUGCCUGAUGCUACCGUACCAACGCUUAGGCUAGCUGUAGUUGCAAGUGUCGAGCUAGAAGUUAACGCGCCUAGAUCCGAGGACGCAGAGCCACUGCUAGCCGGAGAACCAGACACCGCGGCGGUGCUGCUCGAAGAUGCAGAGCUCGCGCUCGACGUCAAUGAUGCCGGAUCUGAUGAGCUCGCGCCUGAGGUCGGACCCGGAAUGGAAGAGGUGGUGCUAGAGCUAGAAGCCAGGCUAGAGGUCGAGGCGAAGCUACUGGAUGUCGUGCUACUUGCGGAUGAUACUGCUGUGACUACAGCAGAGCUGGUGCUCGACCCCACGAAGGGCGCGAGAAGACCGUUCAGAAAGCCAGUUGAAGAAGCCGUGGAACUAGAGACCGCCACGCUAGAGGAUGACACCGGAGUGGAAAAACUGCUUGUGCUUGGUGCGGGUCCGAAACUGCUCGGACUUAAGCUCGAUGGAGCCGCAAUGGACGAGCUUGAAAACAGUACACUGUUCGACGUUGUUAGCGCCGCCGAAGAGCUUGUUGGGGAGAUGGUCUCCGUGUAG